AUGGCCCUCGGCGGGUCUGUCGUUGUCUCUAAGCCGCAAUGGCUCCGAACCGCGCCCUAUCUGGGGUUUCGACUGCUGGCUGCGGUUGGUUCGACGUCCUGCCUGUCUAUUCUGAGGAUGGGCCUGGUGUGGAUCGCGUGGAUCACCGGCCUGGUCGGGGACUGUUUCGACAUCGUGGAAGAUGACGCUGGAGAGCUGUGGCUGCUGGUCAACGAACGGGACGGCGUGCGCCGGUUUUUCCAGCUGUGGAGAGACCUUUUCGAAGACCUGAUGAACGAGGAAUGGUGA